ACAUUGUUGUCUGCUUUGCUCGAGAGAGGGCUUCCUUCGCGUUCCAAUCAAGCAUCACGCGACCCUAGGACCUUUAGUUCGGCUGUGUUCCAUCGCAAGCGGUUGUUACCUUCAUUUGGAUUAAUCAUGAGCAUCCACACAUUACUGCAAGCUGCAGAAUAUAUCGAACGACGAGAACGCGAAGCGGAGCAUGGCUAUGCUUCUACCAUGCCCAUGCCGAGUGAUCUCACAAAAAAAAAGCCAAAAGCGAAGAAAACACAAGGUAACCGGACCACUCAUAACGAGCUGGAAAAGAACAGGCGAGCGCACCUGCGCAACUGCCUGGAGAAACUGAAAGAGAUGGUGCCACUGGCCCCGGACACCAGUCGUCACACCACCUUGGGCCUUCUGAACAAGGCCAAGGUGUUCAUCAAGAACUUGGAAGAAAAGGAUCGGAAGAGUCAGCAGGUGAAGGAUCAGCUCCUGCGGGAGCAAAGGUACCUCAAGCGUAGGCUCCAACACCUUGAUGGCAUGUCGAGAAGCAAACGUCGGAGCGUCAGCGAGUGUUCCACUCGAUCCUCUGAGACAGAUGAAGUGGACAUCAUGGGUUACAACAGCAGCAACCAGAGUGACACUGAUGAUCACAGCAGCAUUCAGAGUGUCACCAGCGAUGGAGGGGUGGCCAUCUCAACCAAGCGACUGUGCCUAGCGGAGGGAGGGGAUUUCUAGAGCAAUACGCUUUGCAUUAUUUAUUUGCCUUUUAUUUUCGCUCCUCUAAGGUGUUCUCCCGGUUUUGUACGUGCUUCUAUUGUACAUCCACUUUUUGUCUUUCUUUGGACAAAAAAAAAAAAACCUUCGUACCUGGAAUGACUGUAUAUAUUGUGACAUUUUAAUACCACAUUUUGUCGGGUUGGCUAUUUUUGUCCCAACUCUCAUUGGCUUACAUGUUGUAGCCAAUCGUGUCAUGCGAGCUUCCGGGUAACUUCUUUUUUUUAGUUGUAUAACCGAAGGGCAUUAAUUCUCCCCCCCACCACCAGGUUGUACAGAAAACCCUCCCGUCCACAUCGCUUUUAAAUGAGGGCCCUUUGAGGGAAAAUAACUUUUCAUUCAAGUGUGGGACAUUUCAACAUUGAAACAGGACCUUUGCUUUGUAUGUAACUCUGUGGCUUUUCCCACUUUGAUAACUGUAAUAAUAUGUACAUAAAGAAAGUAUAUAUAUAUAUAUAUAAAAGAUAGGCUGAGACGGGGGACAUAUACCGAAGCAUUAAAAGUUGACAAAUUGGGCGUUUCGACACUGAUGUAUAUAAGGCAUGCCUCGUGACCCAAUUUUUUUCAGUUUGGUCUUGGAGUGUCUUCAUUUUUGGGGUAUCUUUUAAACAGUAGCUUCCUGUAAAUAUUUCCCGACUAUGGUGUCAUUGUUUUAAGUUUCAGAAAAUAAACGUUAUUUCGUGUA